AUGGCUCUAUCGGGCAAUGCCGUUGCCACGUUGUUCUUUGUCUUUCAUCAACAACCUCCACCCAGUCCGGCCUUCAGUUCGCGGCAGCUGUUCAAUUACCCCCCGGGAAUGUCUCAAGCCAAUGGUCCAGCGAUCAUCAUCCAGACGCAUGCCGACCUCCAGCGACAUAUACAAUGGCGACAAAAGGCUCAAGAAUUAGAUAGACUUCGCAGCCAGGCCCUAGAGAAGAACAAUGACCUGGCUAUCAAGCUCUUGAAUAUACAGGCGGAAAUCGCAGCCAACGCUACGCUUAUUACGGGUCUGCAGCAGGCUAUGUCUUCCGAGAGAACACGGUCCGAGGCUGGACUUGGAGAUGUUGCAGCUAACGUGGCUUCGCUCCUCACGAAAUUUGACAAACAGCUGUCCCGCAUCAAGGAGCAGGAUCCAACAGAGUUGACGCUCGGCCGUCUACAAAGCAACAACAAGAUGCUUCAAGGUCAACUCAAGCUGAUUGAGGACUGGUGGGUCCUUCAGAUUGAGAAUUGGCGCUAUGAGGAGGGCGAAGGAACAUCGGUCGAGGAGGAAGAGGAGUUGGAAAACAUCAAGUCGCGCCUGGAGGCCCAAAAACAGUCAGAGCUUCACAGCGCAGAUGAAAGACAGCGGGAGCGACAUUCUCUCCUUGCUCUAAUACGUGACCUAUCCAUGAGGCGCGAUGAACGGCAGCGUGCUGUCCGGGAAAACCAGGACGCCGUAGCCAACGCAGAAGCGCGCUUGAAGACCGAGACCCAACAACAGAUGGGGCUUCAGACAUCGAUCACAGAUUUGACCCGUGAACUGAGCGUCCUGGGCCACGCGUCCCAGGAUGCCAAGGACCAAACCAUGAAUCUCAAUCGCCGGCUUACGGAGGGGACGGAUUUGCGUCAGGCCCUUCAGGCGGACAAUGACCGGAAACACAGAGAGAUAGACAGCGCUGUACGGAGCCUUCAGGCAGACCUCAACAGAAUAGCUAACGAGCGGCGCAACACGUUGGAGCCACUCAUGCAGCGGAAUGAGGCGUUGAGGAACGAAGUGGACGCCGUACAGCAAGAGGUGGACACCAUGAUCUCCAGAAUCGUGGAACGACGGGUAACGGUAUAUGUCAUGAACACCUACGGCUGGCUAAGCCUACAACGGCAGACCUCAAUCGCAGACUUGGAGCGCAUACAAUUGCAAGAUCGUCAAUACGAGCAACGGCCGCAGGCUCAGGAUGAUGAUGACGGAUGGGAGGAGGACUUGUACCUGGGUGACGAUGAUGAGCAGGUCAACGUAGGGACGGGCGGUGGGUGGAAUGGGAAAGGGAGUGUCCGGAAUGAACAAACCUUUGCCCGCAGCGUCACCGGCACGCCGUCGCCGCCAGAGCGACACCGCUCUAAGGGAAAGGAGCUUGCGCACGGUCACUCUCCGAAGGGAGGCUUCGAGCCGAAUGCAGGGCCGCCUGCUACGUCCUCCGCACGUCGGGGGAUGAGUUCCUCAUACAACUCGGAUGAAGACAUGCUCAUCGAUGAGGUUCCCUUACCGACGCCUCCAACACGCACGUCCGGGUCUCGGAGCCGCGAGGGAGCCGCGUCAAGUCGACCUACCGUUCAAUCUCGCGGUAACGACAGUCGUGCUGGUCUCUCUCUGACCUCAGCGAGCAGGAGGUCAGAGGAGCGCCGGCCCAUCUCUUUGACAAGCCCCCAGUCAAUACGAGGGGCGAAGGUUGGAGACCAGCUGGCUCAGCUAGCAUCAUUCAGACUCGGUACUCCUAUCGGAUCUUCUUCACGAGGCGGCACCUCGGAACCCUCAAGCAAGCAUUCGAGGUCGACAGGGAAGGUUCGCUCGUCAACGACUCCACGCGCCAGCCCGUACUCCCGCGCAUCUCGCCCGACCAAGUAUGACGCCGAUGAUAGCGAUGGCAGCUCCGAGAGCGGAGACGAGGAUGGUGACCUAGAGGACAACGGAAUCAGGGGCGAGAGCAGGCGGGAUGCCGGCGGGGACGAGAGCGACAGUGACAGCGACAGUGACAGCGACAGUGACAGCGACAGCGACAGCGAGGAAGGCUCGCCGCCGAAGAGAGUCAAGCGAGAGGAGGAGGAUCUCGCAGAAACGGACGAUGAAUCUGACGAGAGGCCGUCGAAGAUCGCCCAAAAGUAUAUGGCGCAGAAGCGCUUGCCUGGCAGCAAGUAUUCGCCACAACAGAUGAAGUCCAACUUCAAUCGCCUUGUCUUGAACACCAUCAAGAAGGGUCUUGGCGUCCAGCUCCUGUACCAGGUCGUGUCCGUGGAGCCUGUCAGCGAGGAGGACCUCCGAAAGUUUGAGGCGGGCGAAUCAAAGCCAAAGGUCACCUCCUUCAAGCUCGAUACACGCGGGGAGACAGCAAAGGAGCUAUUGCGUCUGGCCUGGAACGCGACGCUAGAGAAACUCGUGCGGAAGGUCAUCUGGCGGAAGGUCAAACCGAAGUUGCGCACCGGGAAGUAUGGGGCGGUCACCAAGGCUAAAGUCAAGAAAGGCGUGCACGAACGGUUCAGUCGUAUGUUCAGGGCUAUUGCACGCACAGUCGUCCUGGACGGGCAGACAUGGGAAGAGUUUGUGGAAGGCUUUGCAAAGGCGCACCAUGACUAUAAUGAACGCUCCCGGCAUCUCAUGAUGCGGCAUACGAAACUCGAUUUGCGCAUUCGAUACGCAACGAUCAUGCGCCUGUCCUCUCAACAAGUUCAGUAUAAACCGGGCGAGCAGUUCUGGUCCUACGUUAUCGAGGUCAUCAAGGAGCUCGGCUACGACGGCAUGUCUGACGAGGAGAGCGACACAGAGGAGAUGACCCGUCCAAACAACUUCAAGGUGAAUGUUCGGUACAGGAAGGUGCUGAAGCUCAGGUGGCGACACCCGUCGAUCGAAGCGCUCUUCGCGAAGGUGGACGAGACGCCAAAGUUGGCCAAGGCGUUCUUCCACACUUCCGCGUCGUCGCCCUCUAACCGGCUCAGGAGGGUGCGGGUUGACAAGGAGAGCGUUCGAGACCCACCAAAAAACAUACCUAGGUCUCUUUACAACCCUGAGUACCUCGACUCUCUUGGGGCUCCGGGUGAGUACUUGCUGGAUAUUAGCGACAGGGCGUUCGAGCUGUACAACCUGGAUGCCGUGGACGAAGUUCUUUGA